UCACAGCUUCUCCUGCUGGUCACGUCGUUUCUCCACCUCCCCCCUCUACCGUCCCCGGCGGCCGGGCGUCGCGUCCGUUCGCCCUCGGCCAUGGCGGCGCCGGACAAGCCGGGGCGGCCGCUGCCCAAGUUCGGGGAGUGGGACGUGAAGAACCCAGCGACGGCCGAGGGCUUCACCGUCAUAUUCCAGAAAGCCCGCGACGACAAGAAGACGUCCGGCCCCGGGCACCUGCAGGCGGGCAUACCGCCGGCCUUCAGGGUCGACCACGGCAGCGCCGGCGACGGCGGGCACAGGUCCGGGGACAGCCACCAGGACGACACGCCGCCCAGGCGCGUCAAGAGGAAGUGGGCCUUCUGUGGCUGCUGAUUCAAUGCUCGCUGCUGCUGCCGUUGAUCAAAAACAAAAGGGGGGAGACCGUGAAUCGUGCCGCACCGGAAGCGAAUACAUGAUGGGGGCGCCGCGGCAGACGAGAAGACAUUUCGGCCAUGAUGUUUCGCCUUGUUCCAACCUUCUUGCUCACUUCGACCUAGGAACAAAAGUUCAUUUCGACCUAGUAACAAAAUUGGCCUGUGAUGUAACAUCAUUCAACUUUAUUAGCCUCGGCUGCAAAAGUUCACGCUGAAUCUGUCGCGUCGAUUGUUUCAUGGCUGCUGUGUUUGCAGAAAACUCAGAUCACCUGGCCUGCAAAUCAAAAACACAAUAGCAUGGCUGGCCAACCUGACAAAAAAAAACUGACCAGCAUUAUCGUUCUAACCAUUCACAUCAACACAAUUUGUUUCGCAGCUCCCCAUUAAGAUUCCGACUAAUUAUAAACUCAACAAAUAAAUAUA